AUGACCGAGCUGUUUCAGUUACCCUUUGUUUUUCCUGCAAGAAACAUUUCUCUCAAGUGCAUGCAAGACACUGAUGAAUUCCUUUCUGAUCUGAAUUCAGUGGAGCCCAAAGAAUACGCUCUAAGAAUGUAUGACUCCGUGGGGAAGCUUGGGAGCAACGUGCUCAGUGGAAACGUGGACAGGCUGGGAUCGUACAGUGAGUGCCUCUCCACCUACGCUCCCUCAGGGAGCUUCCGAGGGCAGUACUGCAAGCUUCGCCCCCUGCAGGAUGGAGCUGACUACAGCGUGGGCGUGUGUGUCCCAGAUUCUUGUGCAGAAGAGGAUGUGACUGCGCUGUCCCAGCUGGAUAUUUUAAGGUUCAGAAAUGCUUCAUUUUUGGCUCCUUCUCUCUCCGUCUUUACAACGAACGCCUCCUCCUCAUCUGGUGGGGGCGUGGCCAGAUGUGCUACUGGAACGUUCCCCCUCGACGCAUUUGCUGCCGUGUGUUCGUUCCUCACCCUGCUUGGCCUCGCCCUCCCUCUGGCUGGGACUGUGUACGUGGCGGCCAGGGGCUGGGGGUCGGACCGCAGGGCGUCCCCCGCGCACAGAGCACGUUCGGCGUCGUAUGGGAGUCUGCCUUUGAGAGAGACAGGGAGGAGGGGACCAAGAAACAGAAUCCAGGGGACAGGCGGCCUGUCCCCUGGCUCGCUGCCAGGACCCCCAAGCAGAGGAAAAGGGUUUCUAGGAGCUGCGGACCAUGCCCUGAAAUGCUUUUCUUGGCAGAAGAACGUGCCGGCCCUCUGGGCUUCCGGGACGCCAGGAAGCACGUGCUCCGUACUGAACGGCAUCCGAGUCUUGAGUCUGCUCUGGAUCAUGUCGGGGCACACCAGUCAGAUGACCGCGUGGCUGUCUUUGGAUAAUGUGCUUGACUGGAAGGCCAGGGUGCUGAAAAACCCACUGUACCUUUAUUCUCGGAGUGGCCCGUUCUAUCUUGGGGUGGACACGUUUUUCCUGAUCAGUGGCUGGUUAAGUGUGAAGUCAUUUUUAAAGAUGCAUCAGUCUUCAGAAAAAGGAAUAGCUGCUAAUACCAUACUGAGAUACUACUUUAAUCGCUUUAUGAGGUUGCAGCCUCUUCACAUGUAUUCCGUGUGCCUGUUGGUUGGAGUGUUCUCCCUUGUGCCUUGGGGACCCGUCUGGGAAGUGCCUAAGCUCCACCUGGACAACUGCCGGCAAGCGUGGUGGACGAAUGUGCUGUUGCUAAACAACUUCCUGUCGGUCCGGAAUGCGUGCAACGGCUGGACGUGGUACCUUGCCAAUGACUUUCACUUCCACCUCACGACACCGGUGUGGAUCUUCGUCCACAGAAAAAGUAAACAUGUCCUUGUCCUCCUCGGGGCCGUGCUGUUCUUGGCAUCCUUCACUGCCACUGCUUUGCUCACACUGGCUCAUGACCUUCCCGUGGCAGCUCCAUCAGAAGCCAGUGAAAAGGCAACCGUGCUGUAUUUCUUGGAGUACUACACUAAGCCCCACUGCCGAUUCGGGCCAUUCCUCGUGGGUGUCUUUCUGAGCCUUUACAUGCAUCAAAACCACCAGGCAAACAUCCUCAACACCAAGGUGCAGGCUGCGCUCGGCUGGAUUUGUGCCCUGGCCACCCUGUUCGCGGUGGUCGCUGUGGCGUACGCAGUGGACGACACCCCGGGCGCCCGUUCAGCUGCCGUCGCUGUCUACCAGGCCCUGCACCGGACCCUGUGGGCGGCGGCCGUGGGCUGGGUCGUGUUUGCCUGUCAUGAAGGCUACGGAGGUCUGGUGGGCCAGCUGCUCUCUUGCGGCGUCUGGAGCUUCCUGGCCAGCAUCAGCUACGCUUGCUACUUGGUGCACCCGAUCGCCAUCAUCCUCUACAACGGACUUCAGGAGACGCUCAUUCAUUACACGGACAUGAACAUGUUCUACCUUUUCUCUGGACACUGCUUGCUGACCUUCAUUGCUGGGCUGGCCCUGACGAUCUUCAUCGAGAAGCCGUGUCAGAACCUGAAGCAGUGCCUUCUGGGAUUGAUGCCCGCAGGGCCAGGGACGGUCUAGUAAAACCCCGA